AUGGGUCUCCAGUGUGAGGGUUACGGCAUGAAGCUGGCCUGGGUGCCGUACAAUCCUCACGCAGACAGCGACGAUCAGGAACCUGUUGAUGAUUUGUCCCGGGAUCACAGGGCAUCCAGACGCCCAUUGGCGCCUGUUAGUGAUGCAUCAGGGGUCGUUCGUAUGAGCUCCCCGGAGCUUGAUGUGUCGUUGACACAGAUCGAUGGGUGGUGCCCUAGGGAGUCUUCUGAACUCAAAAAGGGGUUCUUCUCGGUCUUCCCGGCCAUCUCCUCCAGACGGCGCUUCUCGGAAUCCGAUGGGCCUCCUAUUACGGCAUAUGACCGAGGUCGCCUCCAGUCGCCAGAAUACGGCCCAGGGCCGGCAGAUACUCCUGGCGAGCUUUCUGUUACCACGCUUGCGGACACACCAGGCCAGGCUACUUCUGCAACUGACGAAGCCAGGUUCCAGCCUCUCACGGCUCAGUCCACCCCUGAAUCAGCUAGGGAGCCGAACCGCAGUGCUUUCUUAGACACUGCCUCCGCAGCCCGACUAGUAUUACACCCUCACUCAGGCUACCAGAGUUGUGAGGAAGUGGACAAGGAGUCUGAGAAUACUGCGCAGAAUACCCUUCGUCAGCGACUUGUUCACGCUCCGCCGCGCCACUUGGAUGCAAUGCCCAUGCCAUCCAAGCAGAAGCGUCUCAUCCAUCAUUGGAUCACCUUCACUAGUAGGAAAAUCGUCCUCCUCGAUGAGCCGCACAACCCCUGCCGCACAAUGAUGCUUCCCAUGGCGCUGAAAGGCCUUGUUUCCAAGGCGGGUGAUUCCAACGCCGAUGUUGCUAUUUUCCAUGCCAUCUGCUCCGCGGCUGCGUAUAAUCUCUUCGAGCUCAGUGGAAGGACCACCGAACAAGAUCACGUCCUGGCUUUAGAUCACGACAGUGAAGCCAUCCGCCACCUCCGGCAUAACUUGGCCCGGGCAGAUGAGCACCAAGACCAGUCUUGUGCGAUGGCCAUCAUGGCAUGUAUUGCCGUUGAAGCUGUCUCCGGCACAACUCAAAGGUGGCGUACGCACGUCUCUGGCGGCCUGGCCUAUCUGUCCAAAUUGCAAGCCCGCGGUGUGGAUGAGAUGGCCGUAUCCGCGUUCAGACAACACAUGGUGAAGAUGGCCCUCCUCUGUGACUUCCCCGUGCCUGACGAUCUCAAGUCUUUCUUGAAUGAUGAAGACGUCUCUGGAAGUGGUCUCGAGUUCACGUUUCCUUACUAUGGGGUCUCGAAGUCCACAUUGCAAGCCCACGACCGUAUCAACACUCUGGCCACCGCAUCUCUGAACAGGACGUCUACCACGGAUAAAGAAGUCGACUCUCUUGAGCUCCAGUUGUAUCUCCAGUUUCCAGGUCUCCCGCCACAGAUAUCCAGCCCAGAAGCGUCCAAGCUCCACGCCGCUGUCGUCCACCACACGUCCACUUCCUUUUAUUAUGCUGGGUUGGUCUUCUUCCAGAGGAGUAUUCGCCGUUCACCGGUUGCUGCAGUGCAGGAGCUGGUAGAGCUAGGAGUGCAAGAGUUGGAAAACAUCGAGGUCGUCGGUAAGGGCAAUCUCGGCUGCAUGAUGUUGUGGCCGGCCCUUGUGCUCGGAGCUGAGUGCAACACGGCCACCUCACAGCGUCGGAUGCGAGCCUGGUUUCAAAGUCAGCGGAAACUUGGCUUCAGGAAUCUUGUCGUCUUGGAGGACCUCAUCACCUCACUGUGGGGUGCUCGAGCUGACCCGGAUGCCCAGGGGAAAGAGAUUGACUGGCGGGAUAUGAUUGCACAGCCGCGGUAUGAUGUCUUUCGGCUUUGA